AUGAAGGAACGUUGUAUAUAUGUCGCAGUGCACGGAGGGGCAGGAUAUCAUGGAGUUGCGUCAGAACAAAGUGUCAAGAGUGCUUUGAAACGUGCUUGUGCUCGAGCUUUGUGGGGAUCACCACUAGACGACUCCUCUGCCAUUUCGGUUGUAGAGAGAGCCAUAGCCGUUCUCGAGGAUGAUGAAUACCUCAACGCAGGUUAUGGUUCCAAUCUCACAAUUGACGGCACUGUAGAAUGUGAUGCGGCUGUCAUGGACGGCUUGUCGGGAGAUUUUGGCAGCGUUGGUGCUGUUCCGGGGCUAAAAAAUCCAAUAAAACUGGCAUCAGCAUUGUUGAGGCACUCCAGAGAACUUGACCCUCUUGGGCGCAUCCGCCCCAUGACUCUUGCCGCAUCCGGAGCAUACUCGUUUGCAUUAUCGCAAGGUAUCCAAACCAUUGCUCCAAAUGAAAUGAUAUCGCCGCGAGCAACACACGAGUGGCAGAAGUGGAAAUCGCGACUGGAUCACCCCGCUGAUGGCGACCCAGGGUGUUUGCCUCAAGAUGCCAUGCAGGACACGGUUGGCGCUGUAGCCUGGGAUGAUGAAGGCAAUCUCGCUGCUGGUGUUUCAAGUGGUGGGCUGCUUCUAAAAUAUUCUGGUCGUAUCGGUGAAGCAGCUACCUUUGGAACCGGGUGCUGGGCGCAGCAGUCGCGCAGUGAAUGCUCUGGGAUGGCAUGCAGUAUUUCUGGAGCAGGGGAGCACAUAAUGCGGGUCGGACUAGCCCGUGUGCUGGGUGAAGCCUUACAGUCCCGGCAAUCAGAUGAUGGCGAGCUUGACACACACCACGUAUUGCUUCGAAUAUUAAAUCAGCAAUUUACUGAACCAUUGCAUCAACGAGGGGUGCAGAUGCCAAAUGCAGGAGUUUUGCUGUUGACAAAAGAACAAGGCGAAGAUGAUGAAGCAGUGCGCAAGUUAUGGUGCGCGUUCACUACAGAAAGCAUGGCGGUCGCGUACGCAAACACCACCAAACGCUCACCUAAGGCAUCCAUUUUGCGUCGUCCAGCACUGAUUGACUCUGCCGUAAAUGCUGACAAGUCGUCAGUGUUCAUAACUGCACUGCCUAUUCACCGGUAG